GACAAGCUGGUUCAAUAUGAAGAGUGCUAUUAAAGCGCAAAAUGAUUUCUUUAUAAUAAUUUCUGCAGUGGAAUCAUGUGAAAUUUUAAAUUUGAAUUUGUAAACAUUGCAAUUUUAUAACCAAAACUCACACCCUAUGUUCUACUUUUUACAACUUAUUUACAAUGAUCCGGUUGAACUGUGAACUCUUUAGUUACUUUUGUAUUCGUAAAAGGAUUUUGCCGUCUGUUGUAUCUUGAGCUAGUACUAAGUGAUUUUUUUCAGCCAUGGAAUCGCCUUCCAAAUUGAUUUUUAAAAGAUUACAGCCUGUUUGUGUUAAAAUAGCUCGGGAUUGUUCAAUUGAGGAUUUAGAUAAAUUAUUAGAAAUUUUGAAAGACAUUGAUGCAGAUACACUAAAACUUUAUCAUGAGUAUAUAAUAUUUCCGCUUCGUUUAAUAUUACUCAAGAAACCUGGUGAAAAAGUUUUAAUAAAGGCUGUAGACUGUUUAACAUAUCUUUACAACAAUUUUCAGUUACGUAACUCUGAUACUUUUACCACAAAUUUUCAACAGUUAACUAAUCUGUUGACAAAUAUAGAAAAACCUGAAGAAGUUAGUGAUGCUAGUGAGGAAUUAAAACUUAGUGUGUGUAACUGUAUAACUAGUUUGGUUAAAAGUUUAGAUGAUGAGUUAUUGUAUAUUAUGUAUGAUCAGACAUUUCGACUGACUUUAGCGCAGGCAUUUUUUGUAUUUGUUCAGCUAUUAAAGCAUGAAAAAUCUAAAUCUUUACGCCAAAAUAUUUUACAAACUAUUGGUGUUUUAGCUUAUAACCCUGCAUACCAGACUUCUAGAUCUUUACGAAUAGAGGAGGUAGCUAGCAAAAGCUUAACUCAUUAUUUCCCAGGGUUAGCAUCAGCUCUUAUCGGUGUUAUUUGUGGUGAUGUGAAACAAGGUCAAAAUGUUAUUCGAACAGCUUUAAAUAUUUUCUCUGAGCUCAUUGCUUUAGUUCUCGGUGACCACUUCUUUGAAAACAGUGAUGAGGCAAAAACUGUUAUUUCUACCAAAAAAGUAUCAAAGCAAUCAAAACUUGAAAAUAUAGUGAAAGAUGAUGAGUGGCUUAAAGAUACUUCAUUUGCUCUAAAAGGAAUGAUAGUGAACAUGAAAGUUUUAAUUACACAUGAUCAUUGGAAAGUGAGAUAUGACCUUUUGAAAUUUGUCGACUGUGUAUUUUCCAAUUGCUUGAAAACUUUGGAAAACUCUAUUUCCACUUUGUUAUCAAUUGUUUUUGCCUUAUCUGCUGAUACGCAUAAAGAAAUUUCCAAUUAUAGCUCUGAAUUGAUUGUAAAGUUUUCACGAAGAUUACAAACAUACCAUUCAAUGUCUUUAUUUUCGUUUAUUGAAGAAGAUAUUCAUUCAUCUUCUUCAAAAUUGAUAAAAUGCAAGUUUUCUUCGAAUGAUUCUGAUAAACUAGCUAUAUUAAGAACUAUUCAAGGAUACAUCCAUAUUCUUGGUAAAUCUGUUGAUAAUUUGUUAGGAAAUUAUUCUAAUCUUGAGCGGAUUUUCUUAAGUCUUAUGAAUAUCUUAGAAUUCGAUCUAAGGACCACGAAUGUAGUUGAGGAUUUAUCAGUUCUUGAAGAUCAAAAUGUUUCUUCUCCUAUUAGUGAUUUAUGGCCAAAAAAGAAAUUUAUUUAUUUUCAGAGUGAAGACAUAGUGAAUACUGUUUUAAAUAUUUGUUAUUAUUUUGGCUUGUAUGGAAAUGUGAGGUUGAUUACUGAUUAUGUACUAGAUAAACAGCAAAAUUCAGAGCUUUAUGAUUUGCAGUGUAUAUUUCUAAUAUCAAGAAUCUUUGAAGGUGUUUCUCAUAGAGAAAAAGCCAAAGAUUAUUAUGAAUUUAUUGAAGAUAUUCUAGUUGAACUACUAUCUUCAUCUGAAUGGAUUGCUACUCCUGAAAAUAUUAUAUCUCCAGUUAAUAAAGUUAAUAUGUUAUCUAAUGAAAUGCACUGCAACCAUAAGAUCCAAAAGAAAUGUUUAGUAUUAGAGACUAUUGGGAAAAGUGCUAAAGUACUUAAAGUUAAUUUCAGACAACUUCUGAUGAAAGUUCUAUUUCCAGUUUUAGAACAAGUUGGGAGUGUGAAUUCUGUUCUUUCAAAUUAUGGUAGAAUAUGCUUACAUACUAUUUCAAAUUAUUGUGAAUACUCUUCAGUUCGUGAACUUAUUCAUGACAAUGUUGAUUACAUUAUGAAUAGUAUAACUGUUAACUUUCAUCAUUUUGUAUCUAGGCCAGAAAUGGCUAUUGUCCUCAGUGUUUCUAUGAAGGAAAGUGAUUCUCACAUUUUGCCGCUUGUCAAAGAUAAUAUUCACCAUAUUUUAAAUCUACUCGAUUGUAAUCAAGAUAAAGCAUGCAUUCUUUUGGAGGUCAUUAAAUCAAUUGUUCAUUCUAUUAAAUUAUGGUUCAGUGUUAAAGAAGUAUCUUCAUCAAAUGUUAUGCCUUCAAAAUGUGAACUAAAAUGUUUAAAAACUGCUGUGUUGGAGUAUAAGUCAGCUAAGAAACAGCAGUUAGAUGAGGAAAAUGUUGAUGUUGGUUUAGAGAGUAAAGAUGAUUCCAUCCCUGAAGAUUCUUCUAUAGCUGAAACUGAUUUUAAAGCACCUCCUCCAUUGCAUGUCAGUUUAGUGACAGAUAUAUUAAAAAGGUGUUGCCAUCACCAAUCUUCUAAUGAUUUGUACGUAAAGAUAUCUUCCCUGGAAGUAAUUGAAGAUUGCAUUGUAAUUCUUGGUGCUUACGAAGUACAGCUGCAUCCAGUAAUACAUGAAUUGUGGCCUCGAUUUGUGUGGCGUUUCAGAGAGGAGCCUGCAGUUGCUUUAAUUGCCUUCAAGGUUUUAUUAGUUAUGGCUGAUAAGUGUCGUGACUUUGUAAGAGCUCGUGUUCUGAAAGAUGUAGCUAUAAAAUUAAUUAGCUUAUUAAAAAAUAGUUAUUCUAGCUCGGUAAAAAAGAAUUAUCGUAAUUAUCAGUGGCAAAAUGCUUGUAAACUUCAUUUGUAUGUCUUAUCUGAGAUCGGGGUUUUAUAUACUAAAAUUGAUGUGUCUGAAAGAGAUAUUGCUGAGUUAGCUGAAGUUUGUCUUCCAUAUUUAAAUAAAUCACAGUCAAAAGCAUUUCAAGAAGCUGCUUAUAGAACUAUUAAAGCUUUAUAUACUCUUGAUCCUGAUGCUAUGUGGUUAUAUUAUAAUAUAUUAUACUGUGAUAGUGAGAUCUUAAAUCCACUUUAUAGUAACUUACAGAUUUUGAAUUUUCCAAUCAGUUGUAGCGAUCUUAAUGAAUAUAAAAUCUGAAUUACUUAUAAAAUUAUGUGAAAAUUAAACUUUCCCUUGCUCAUUGUAAUUAAAUUCUCAGUGUUUAUAUAUUUUUUAAAAUUACUAAGAAAAUUCUUCUGUAUAAUAUUGAAUCUUGAUAUUUCUCAAUUAAUCUUUCUAAAUUAUUAGAAUGAAAAUGUAUAAUUGUAUUAAGUUAUUAUUAUCUAAACAUUUUUCUUUUUUAUUGCCUAAUUCCUUGCUUGCUGCAGGCAUGUAGAUAAGCUUCACUAAGCCAAUGCGUUAACAGUUUUUAGAUUGAAAAACACGGCUCUUCUUUUGCUCUAAUACACACCAAAGCUAUGAGUGCUGUGGAAACCGGUAGCACUGAGUAGGGGGUGAAUCUCGGAAUUUUCCUCAGCAAGCAAGUGGUUAAUGUUCUGCUAUGAUUUAAAUUCUAAAAUAUUUUUGAAGUUGUUCCAUAAAUUUGUUUUAACACCUACAUAACAUGCAAUGUUUAGGAAAUAUUUCAUUGAAUACUAGUGGAUUUCUUUGGGAAGUAUAAAACCAUUAAUUGUGUUAAUUGGUGUUUGUGUGUGUCUUUGUGUUAAUUGGAAAGCAACCUUUCUAGUUAUUCAAUUACAAUAUUUUAUCAAUUUUUAAUAAGGAAUUACUAAUUUGAAAUUUUAUCAACAAUUUAAAAUUAUUUACCCUGCUCAAAUCAGCCUUAGUUAUGAAAAUAAUUGUUUGCAAGUUGGUGUAUAGUUUUCAAAUUACAUCGAAACAUCUGAAGUUAACUUAUUAAGAUGAAUAAUCUAAUUCUAUUAAAGUAAGAUAUAGGUAAAUAAAAUUUUAUUUUAAAAUAUAUCGUCUGCACAUAACCAAGUUUUUUUUAAAAAAUUUUUUUGUAUUUUUUUUUGUUGCAAAAAUAAAAGAUUUGCUGUUUUUUUAUUUCUUACAUUGUAAACAGAUGUAGUUUUUUAAUAUUUUUAAAAAGAAAAACUUAAUAUUUUUGUGCAUUUUUAUAUGGAAAGAUUUAAAUAUGUUAAGUAAAUAAAUACAGUGAAACUUCCCAGAAGGACCACCUCUGUGUAGUGACCACCUAUAUUUACGACCGCUUUUGGAUCAGAAUUUUUUCCAUAGACUUUGUGCUGAAGAAAACCUUUAGGAAAGAUCAUAAUAACCUCUUGCCUCUUCUAGCUACCAGGCAAAUCUGCUCCAAAUGUGGGAAAGAUCAAAUAAGGAAACACCAAAAAUUAUCAACAAGAACUAUUAACAAAAAAAAAANAAAAAAAAAAAAAAAAAAAAAAAAAAAAAAAAAAGUAGAUUCGAAUGUAUUCAAAAUAUUGUGAGUGGCUGUUAAUUAUAGAGCUCUUUUUGAUGAUAUAACCUCAUGUUACAGUCAGAGUGCACUAAGGACAAUGCUAUCAAUGAUUUAUUUUUAAAGUUGAGAGUUAAAUCAAUAAAAAAAAAAAAUAAGCAUUUCAAGGAGAUUUCUUACACUAUAUAAAUGAUAUCAAAACUGAAAGAGCAUUAAAAUAGCCUUAGCGGAUGAAAGAGGCACAUUUCCGGUCAGCACAUGUGACGUCAUAACCAAUCAGGGAUCGUGUUUGAUUGCAUUACUUAUGGAGGCCUGUUAAACUUUCUUUAACAAUAAUACACCAUAAUGCUUGCAACUCAUAUACUUGUUUAACAACAACGCAAAAAAAUUUGCUGGACUGAUCUUAUAGGAACAGCCAACACCCACAGAAGCCACCUUACUACAACUGACACCAGGGCCAGAUUUAAGCUUCGUGGGGCCCUAAGCUACUGAAAAUGAUGAGGGCCUUAUAAGUUCAAUUCUAUUUUUAUAAACCUAAAGUAAACUGUCAUUAUUUUUUAUUGUUGAGUAUUAGCAUUAUAUUAUUAGAGAAUAUCAUAAUAUUACUCGAUCGUUAAAUAUAUUGAUUGUGAUGAGACUAUAAUGUAGAACCUUUCUUUUAUUGCACCUAUUUUUUGAACGAGGACAAAAAGUUACAAUCGAAGCACAUUUUAGGCACAGAAUAAAAAUUUGGCAUGCUGGAAAGGCA